GCGCUACCUCCGGACACUGGCGGCAGUUUGUGCACGGUUUGAGCAGAGGGAGAAAGGUGUUCAAGCCGGAGCUCCAUUUGCUGUGUAUACUCGUUUUUUACUCUACCACUGCUCGGCCCUUUGAAGCAACUGGAUAUAAUGGUGAUUGUAAAACACCGCCCACACGGAAGGUUACGACAUAUAUGUGUGUAUAUACACACGGACGGUAUCCUUUUUACCUCAGGAUUUGUAUUUUGUUGUAAAUUGCGGUAUUUUGUUGUUUUAUUGAGAAUAUAAGCAGCGAAUUCGCUUCAGAUAUCCAGAAAUACAGGACCCAUUCAUUGUUUAAACAAAUUAACAACAGAAUUUACUCUCAGGCGCCAUUAAAAGAUAAACAACUGUUUGGUUUUACACAGUAACGUGAACUAUACAUCUUCAGGCAUGAGGAUCACAGACCGCGUAUUACGGAGUUUCAGGGUUGCUCGGACAUAUAGAGAGAAUUCACAGAAAGUCAACUGUGUGGACUAUAGCCCAAACGGUGAAAAUGCAAUAUCAAGCAGCGACGACGAUUGCAUCGUGUUAUAUGACAUCCAGGAGGGAAAACCCAAACGGACCCUGUUCAGCAAGAAAUAUGGAGUAGACCUCAUCCGCUACACUCAUGGAGAUACACAGACAGUGGUCUACAGCUCAAACAAACUAGAUGAUACCAUUCGAUAUCUGUCUCUCACUGACAACAAGUACAUCCGUUAUUUCCCAGGUCACACUGCGAGAGUUAUUUCUCUCUCCAUGUCACCAGUGGAUGAUAUGUUUGUCUCAAGUUCAUUGGAUAGGACGAUCCGGAUCUGGGACCUGCGCUCUCCAAACUGUCAAGGUCUAACUAAUCCACUAGGAAAGCCUGUAUGCUCCUUUGACCCUGAUGGACUGAUAUUUGCUGCAGGGGUGGACUCACAAGCCAUUAAAUUAUAUGACCGCCGUGCUUUUGACAAGGGCCCAUUUACCACCUUUGAGACCAAGUUUAACAGACAUCGUGUCUGUGACUGGACAGGACUCAAGUUCAGUAAUGAUGGGAAAAUGAUUCUCAUCUCUACAAAUGGAGGGAUGGUUUGUGUCCUUAAUGCGUUCACGGGCUGUUUGGUGCACACCUUUUCUGGCUACAACAACAGUAGAGGCAUCCCGCUGGAGGCCUGCUUCACUCCUGACUCACAGUUUAUCAUGAUCGGCUCAGAGGACGGGAGAGUCCAUGUCUGGAGCACUGACAGUGGGAUGAAGGUGGCUGUGCUGGACGGGAAACAUUCAGGACCCAUCAACACUCUGCAGUUUAAUCCCAGAUACAUGACGUUUGCCAGUGCCUGCACUAACAUGUUGGUGCUAGAUUUGUACAGAGAGCCUGCACAGAGCUGGGACAAAGACUAUGAUCAGUUCUUGGUUCCUCUGCUCACGCCUCAAGAGCCGUGUUACAUUCUCUACCGCCUGGACUCCCAGAAUGCACAGGGAUAUGAGUGGAUCUUCAUCGCCUGGUCACCUGACCAAUCACCAGUGAGGCAGAAGAUGAUGUAUGCAGCAACCCGUGCCACACUGAAGAAAGAGUUUGGAGGAGGUCACAUCAAAGACGAAAUGUUUGGCACAGUCGAGGAGGAUCUGUGCUUCCAGGGGUACUUGCGACACUUAUCCUCCCGUGCCUCUCCAGCUCCACUCACAGCAGCCGAACUGGAAUUACAACGAAUUAAAGUCACAGAGGGUCUUGCAUUUCCAUUACAAGAAGAGACCAAACGAGCUCUGCAGCAACUCAAGCAGAAACGCAUCAACUACAUACAGCUGAGGCUGGAUGUAGAGAAGGAGACCAUUGAGCUGGUUCACACCAAACCUACAGAAAUUCACGAGCUUCAAUACAGGAUUCCUACGGAUUCCCCCAGAUACCACUUCUUCAUCUUCAAACACUAUCAUCAGGGCCAGCUGCAUGAGGCUCUGGUGUUCAUAUAUUCGAUGCCUGGGUACACCUGUAGUAUCAAGGAAAGGAUGUUGUACUCCAGCUGCAAGAACAGGCUAUUGGAUGAGGUGGAGAGAGACUACCAGCUGGAGGUCACCAAAAAGAUGGAGAUAGACAGUGGUGACGGCCUGACAGAAGACUUCCUGUAUGAGGAGGUCCACCCAAUGGAGCACACCUUAAAGCAGGCCUUUGCCAAGCCCCGUGGACCAGGAGGAAAAAGGGGAAAUAAACGGCUCAUCAAGGGUGUGGGGGAAAACGGGGAAGACAGUUAGACACAACACACAACCUGACCCAAUAUCUAUGAAUUGACUUGUUAUUUGACAGUUUAGCUCCUAGCCAUUCUCUCUUUAUUCAUACUUGAAGACAAACAUUUCAU